AUGAGUCGGCAAAGGUACAAUCGCCCACAUGAAAUAGGCACUGAACUGGUUGCUGCUUCAAUACUUGUUGCAGGUGAGAAGCUCCUCAACGUACAUCCUUUUGACAGAUCUAAAAUUCUCAUUGUUAAAUUAGCUGAGCUUAACAGUGAUAGAACUGCACGAAAAGGAUCAUCAGCACUCUUUAACAAUUCGGGCCUGGCAUGCAUAGCCCUGCAGUACAUAAAAGCAUACGGAGGAGAUUGUGAUUCCGUGGGAGGGAAAAACGCCAAGAAGCCUCCUGAUGCUGAAAUUGCUGAAACCUUUGCUCCCAACUGUGGUGUUGAAGUCUCAUCACUAUCCCUUCACUGGACGUCUACUCGGAUGCCAGUCAAAGUAUAUCCAGCCUAA